UUCGCCCCGCCACGGGAGGAGGGCCGCGUGCCGCGUCUGCGGGAAGGAGCGGAGCUCUAGCAGUCGUCCAGGCAGAGCGCCGACAGGCCCGCGGAGCCGCGCGGGGAACGCCCGGUCGCAGCUGAGCUGGGCCGCGGCUGCUGGCCAGAGGGCCCGGCCGGGCCUGGGGCGGAGGGAACCUACGCUACCGGGGACCUGGAGGAGCGAGGCACCGCGGCCUGAGAGUGAGACCCAAUAAAAAGAGCAUGACAUUUGGAUGAAGACUUAGUUUCAAAUCCCCGCUCUUUCACUUACUAAUUUUGCAAUUUGGAAAUAUCUAUGCAAGAUGUUGACACUGCAAACUUGGGUAGUGCAAGCCUUGUUUAUUUUCCUCACCACUAAAUGUAAAGGUGAACUUCUAGAUCCAUGUGGUCAUAUCAGCCCUGAAUCUCCAGUUAUACAACUUGGCUCUAAUUUUACAGCAGUUUGUGUUCUAAAGGAAAAAUGUAUGGAUCAUUAUCAUGUAAAUGCUAGUUACAUUUUCUGGAAAACAAAUCAUGUUACUAUUCCUUAUGAGCAAUAUAAUGUCAUAAACAGAACAGCAUCUAGUGUCACAUUUAGAGAUAUAUCUUUAUUAAAUAUUCAACUCACUUGUAACAUCCGUACCUUUGGACAGAUUGAUCAGAAUGUUUAUGGAAUCCGAAUCAUUUCAGGCUUGCCUCCAGAAAAACCUAAAAAUUUGAGUUGUAUUGUGAAUGAAGGAAAGAAAAUGAUGUGUCAGUGGGAUCCUGGAAGGGAAACACACCUGGAAACAAACUUCACUUUAAAAUCUGAAUGGGCAACAGAGAAGUUUGACGAUUGUAAAGCAAAACGUGAUAUCCCCACAUCAUGCACCGUUGAUUAUUCUCCUGUGUAUUUUGUCAACAUCGAAGUCUGGGUAGAAGCAGAGAAUGCCCUUGGGAAGGUUACCUCAGAUCAUAUCAAUUUUGAUCCAGUAGAUAAAGUGAAGCCCAAUCCACCACAUAAUUUAUCAGUCAGCAACUCAGAGGAACUAUCUAGUAUUUUAAAAUUGACAUGGAUCAACUCAAGUAUUAGGAAUUUUAUAAGACUGAAAUACAACAUUCAGUAUAGGACCAAAGCUGCCUCAACUUGGAACCAGAUCUGUAUUUCAAGCAAGGACCAACAGGAAGAUAUCCAGAUAGAAAAUACAGCAGAAAUAGAGAUUCCUCCUGAAGAUACAGCAUCUACCCGAUCUUCAUUCACUGUCCAGGACCUUAAACCUUUUACAGAGUAUGUGUUUCGGAUUCGUUGCAUGAAGGAAGAUGGUAAAGGAUUUUGGAGUGACUGGAGUGAAGAAGCAAGUGGGGUCACAUAUGAAGAUAGACCAUCCAAGGCACCAAGUUUCUGGUAUAAGAUAGAGCCGUCUCAUACUCAUGGCUAUAGAUCUGUACAACUCAUGUGGAAGACAUUGCCUCCUUUUGAAGCAAAUGGAAAAAUAUUGGAUUAUGAAGUGACUCUCACAAGAUGGAAAUCACGUUUACAAAAUUAUACAGUUAAUGACACAAAACUGACAGUAAACCUCACAAAUGAUCGCUAUAUAGCAACUCUGACAGCAAGAAAUAUGGUUGGCAAAUCAGAUGCAUCUGUUUUAACUAUCCCUGCCUGUGAUUUUCAAGCUACUCACCCCAUAAAGGAUCUUAAAGCAUUUCCCAAAGAUAACAUGCUUUGGGUAGAAUGGACUGCUCCAAAUGAAUCUGUAAACAGAUACGUACUUGAGUGGUGUGUGUUAUCAGAUAAAUCUCCCUGUAUACCAGACUGGCAACAAGAAGACGGCACUGUACAUCGCACCUAUUUAAGAGGAAAUCUAGCCGAGAGCAAAUGUUAUUUGAUAACAGUUACUCCAGUAUAUGCUGAUGGACCAGGGAGUCCCGAAUCAAUAAAGGCAUACCUUAAACAAGCUCCACCUUCCAAAGGACCUACUGUCCGGACAAAAAAAGUGGGGAAAAAUGAAGCUGUCUUAGAGUGGGACCAACUUCCUGUUGAUGUUCAGAAUGGAUUUAUCCGAAAUUAUACUAUAUUUUAUAGAACCGUCAUUGGAAAUGAAACUGCUGUGAAUGUGGAUUCUUCCCACACGGAAUAUACACUGUCCUCUUUGACUAGUGACACUUUGUACAUGGUACGAAUGGCAGCGUACACAGAUGAAGGUGGAAAGGAUGGUCCAGAAUUCACUUUUACUACACCAAAGUUUGCUCAAGGAGAAAUUGAAGCUAUAGUCGUGCCUGUGUGUUUAGCAUUCCUGUUGACAACCCUUUUGGGAGUAUUGUUCUGCUUUAAUAAGCGAGACCUAAUUAAAAAACACAUCUGGCCUAAUGUACCAGAUCCUUCAAAGAGUCAUAUAGCUCAGUGGUCCCCUCACACACCACCAAGGCAUUUUAAUUCAAAAGAUCAAAUGUAUCCAGAUGGAAAUUUCACUGAUGUAAGUGUUGUGGAAAUAGAAGCAAAUGACAAAAAACCUUUUCCAGAAGAUCUGAAAUCAUUGGACAUAUUCAAGAAGGAAAAAAUUAAUACUGAAGGACACAGUAGUGGUAUUGGAGGGUCUUCGUGCAUGUCAUCUUCUAGGCCAAGCAUUUCUAGCAGUGAUGAAAAUGAAUCUGCACAGAACACUUCAAGCACUGUCCAGUAUUCCACUGUGGUACACAGUGGCUACAGACACCAGGUACCAUCGGUCCAAGUCUUCUCACGGUCCGAGUCCACCCAGCCCUUGUUAGAUUCUGAAGAGCGGCCAGAAGAGCUACAGCUAGUAGAUAAUGUAGAUGGAAGUGAUGGCAUUUUACCCAGACAACAGUAUUUCAAACAAAACUGUAGUCAACACGAAACCAGUCCAGAUAUUUCACAUUUUGAAAGGUCAAAGCAAGUUUCAUCAGUCAAUGAAGAUUUUGUUAGACUUAAACAGCAGCAGAUUUCAGAUUGUAUUUCACAGCCCUAUGGAUCUGGGCAAAUGAAAAUGUUUCAGGAAGUUUCUGCAACAGAUGCUUUUGGUCCAGGCACUGAGGGACAAGUAGAGAGAUUUGAAACAGUUGGGAUGGAGGCUGCAAUUGAUGAAGGAAUGCCCAAAAGUUACUUACCACAGACUGUAAGACGAGGUGGCUACAUGCCUCAGUGAAAGACUAGUUCCUGUUACAACUUCAGAAGUACCUGUAAAGUAAAGCUAAAAUAUUUUAUCUGUGAUUUGAGACAAAAUAAUCUUCACUCACUGAAGAUGAUCAUUAGCCCUUAGGACAAAAAUGUACUGUCCUCUCACAUGGGCUAUUUCCAUUCCAGAAUAUCUGGGAUUCUACUUUAAGCACUACAUAAACUGACUUCAUCCUCUGAAUAGCUGAAUGACUUUGUGCUGUUUCAGGAUGUUUGCACUGAAGAAAAGCUUGUCUGAAAUUUAUAAAAUGAAACUUUUGGUUUUACUAUCUAGAAAACAGAGGGUAUUUAAAUUAAAAGCAGUGAUAAACCUCGUGAGCACAGCUAUACUGAUUUUAAUGAGAAGAGUCAUCAAAUAGAGUGACUUAGGGAAAAUUAAUAUAAAAAUUAAAAGGAGCAAGAUCUAGACCCUCUACUUAAGCUGAUAUAAUUUACAGUAUAGAUGGUACAACUAAUGUGAGGCCAGCUUUUGUUGUCUGGGGGCUCAUUUAUAAUCAUACCAACAUAAAAAAUAUUAGUUCUUUUCCAUUGGUAAGGAUACCAUUACUGGAGAAAAGGAAUUCUGGAGUUUUAACUUGGCAAACUAAAAAUAUUAGUUUUUGAAUAUUAGAAACCAAAACUUAUUUUCUAUCAUUGACAACUUCUAAAGAUCCAUUUUAUGAACUCCUUCCAGGUAAGAGCUAGGAAUUAAAGUGACAUAAACAAUUUAUAAAGUCUUAAAUUGUUAACACUUUUUUGUAAAUGUAUAUAAACAUCAUUGACCCUUCUUGUUAAGACUUCAGAGAACUUGGUUGAUGAAGCACUUUAUAUAGUAUGUCUUCAGCUUAAAAUGUGUUUUAAUUUAAUACGCUUUGUUUUAAGAUCGCAUUCUUUUUUCGAGUUGGUGUUUGAAGGAGAUGAGUAAGUUAGAGGACAUGAGCAGUACUCACCAAAACAAACAAAAGCACCACCCCAAAAGUGUACAUAUUGAUCUCAGUAAAUAUCACAGCAGAUAGCCUUAGUGUAGAGGCACUUAAUGUCUCCAGUUUUAAGACAGGUGGAACUUUGUUAUGUAUGGGGAUUUAGGAAUAUUUUAAACCUCUUCCCAUGUGUUCUGUUCCUCAAGGGAGAAAGUGAGUCAGGCCUCCAGAGUUUAGUGCUAAAUUCAUUUUCACAUUAUGUUACCCUCUAUCCAUGAUGUCUGACAAGGAGGCAGGGGCUAAAGCUAGGAGCUGAGUAAGAGGAAAUAAUCCUUAGUCAUGUAGUUGACUACUGCUGUCAAGUGAGUUUAUUUUUCUAUCAUAUUUAAGUUAUAUACCAAGCCAACUUAAAUUAGUUUGUAGCAGUUAAUGAAGAAUAAAAGACUGAGAAAAAUUGGUUGAAAUUUAAUUGAAAUGUAAUUAAAAUAUUGAAAUUUAGUUGAAAUAUAUAUUCUACUCAUUAAUGUUGUUCACAUUAGGCUUCUGAUUAUACUUUAUCUUGUAUUCUAGCCUAAUACCGUUCAGAAUUCUUUUACAUUGUGGUCUUUGUAAGACAGAACAGAUGCUUUAUUCUGAUAUAUCCAGUUCGACUUUAGGCAAAACUAACAUGAGAUUGGUAGAAUAUCAGAAUUAGAACUAGAUGAGGAAAAUCAGCACAGAGAGGUCAAGUAUGACAGAGAGACCCCAAACUCUCUCCUACUACAAAAUCAUCAAAGGCUGGUCCAAAUAAGAAAAAGAUUCAUUUUGCUAUAUGUCAACAAAUUUAUAUCCAUUAUGUGUUUCAUUUCUUCAAAAUAAGUAGUCACGUUACUCUAACCAUGUUUAGAUAUAACCUUCCCAAACAGCAGUGUUAUGAAGAACAUUUUAGUUUGAAGAUUGUACCUGUGAGAGGUGGACAGUUCUGAAAUGUGAGCUCAUGAUCUAAGGGGAUGAGAACAAAUAGUCAUUUAAGAAAGGACAUCACAUAAGCAAAUUUGUAUGUUGGAACUUGUAUAGAACAUGGUGCAGUGAGUGAAUGCCCCCAGCCACAAAAACACAAAAAUGGGUAUAUAGUUACUGGGCAGAAAUUCAUUCAGGAGAGAAAUACAUUUAUGUAGUAUACAUCUUUACCCCCAAAAAGAAGUCAUUCUGAAGCUUGUUCUAAGUACAAAAUUACUUUCCUAAGGCAUGUCUUAGAAUAAUCUGUUUUGACAAUGUGCAACUUGUAUAUUAGGUAGGCAAAGAAACAAAUCCAGUUAUCUAAUAAAUUAGUCUGUUUAAGAUGGUGGGUUUAUUUCUCAUUAAAUAUUUAAUGUCCAAAAAUUUGAUGCAGUUGCCCUUUUUUAAAAGAAUAUAGUCAAGCAUAUGUUACAUGUAUUGUAAUUUAUUUGCCACUGAUGUCUUUGGUAACCUAUCCUCAUCCCUCAUAAAAGCAUGAUGUUGAAUAACUGUUGGAAAACUUCAAACCCAUUAAAAUCUAAAAGUUUAAUUCUUUUUUUAACAUGGAUCAUUCAGCACUGGGAAAUAGACCCAACAUGUGAGUAGGAGCAAAGGAAAAAGCAGAAUCAUUCACAUGUUUUGUGUUCACAUCUGUUCUCUACCUACCUGUUCAUUUAAUUUCAACCUUUUUAUUUGAUAAGAGAUUUUUUUUAAUAUAUGAAGUCAUCUAACGACCUCAUUAAUGAAGUUGAAAUAUAUUUUCAAAGUCCAAAUUUAAAUUGCAGCAUCUAAAAAUAGCUGUGUAAGUGGAAAUCAAAUUUUAAAAGAUAUCUUUUUUCUACACGUAGUUAAGUAGUUAAAAUCAUGACAUAAAUUUAGAAACUACUCAGAAUAAUUAUAUAGAAUUUCCUCAAAUAUUUGUUAACUGGCACGUGUUGACCAAGUAAAUCCAACUUGAAAGUUCUUCCUCUGUUCCAUUGUAUCCCACGGCAGUCUCCUCUGUUUGGUGUUCAGAACAAAUUUCUAAACCAUACACUUCUGUUUCAGUGGUUUUAUUUUGUUGAAAUGGCUAAAAUGUCAGAAUAAUAAGCUACAUAAAAUGUUAAAAAAUUUGGGGAUAGCUUUCCUGCUGUACGUUGUGUUGGAUCCUGUUGCCCAGGUAAGAUUACUUAAAAAAAUUUUUUUGCUCUUUUUUUUGUAAAUUAUAAGAAUAUGAAGCCAUAAAAUGACAAGAUGUUUAGGUUUAAAAAGUUUUAAACUAGUAAGUUUUAAACUAGUAGACUUACAGCCUAAUUCUUUAGACUGGUCCUUAAUAGCAGUUCCUUUUCAUACUAUUGAUAAACAGAAUUUCGAUGUAAGACAAAACAAAACUUGCCAAAGCCAAAUGUAGUAUCUUUUGGUUUUAAUCACCUUUUCCAUCAUAUAUGCUACUUCUAUGUGUUUUCACAUGAUAUUCUAAUAUAUAUUGCAUUAAAAAUAAAAAGCUCUGAGUGAGCUCUUUUGUUACCCAUUUAUUCCUAAAUUUUUGAAAGCUUUUUGUAGUCAGCUCUUUAAAAUAAGUUAGUUUAACUUCAUUACUCGGUUGUUUAAAGUUGAUAAAUGAUGAUGAAAGUUCCUUUAAGGCAAUGGUGAUAGAUGUUACAGAUCUUUUAUCCCUUAAACAUAAGCUUUGAAAAUGUUAACUACAUAUUUUAAAUACUGUUACAUGAAUAUCAAAAUGUGAUGUGUCAGAAAUAAAGGGAUGUUUUAAAGGUGGAUAUUUGAAAAUUCUUUAGUCUUAGUGUUUGUGUAUUGAAUAGUAUAUUGUAAAACUAAGUGUGUAAUUUGCUAGUACAAUACAGUGGUUAGCAUUAGGUAUGUCUCCUCUCUGUAUCCUAGCUAUGUUCCAUUUACUUGUAAGUGCAGUCCUUUCACGUUCACUUGCUACUUUACCCCCCACCUAAUCUAACUUAAUAUAGAAAGCUUGUCUAGAGAGUAUUGUAUGUAUUUUUAUUUUUGCAGUGACUUGCAUGUGCUAAUCCUAACCAUAGCUAUUGUUUUUAUGUUGACAUAACUCUAAAUGUUCUCUUAUGUAUCAGCUCUAAUCCUUUAAGUAAAUUUAAUAAAUUCAUAUUCAAAUU